GGUUCGGCUGUUUCCGUGCGGCGUGUGCCUGCGGUCCCCGCGGGGCGUCGGGCCUGGUCGGUGCGCCAUGCAGACGGGCCCGGAGCCCCGACAGGCACCUGACGCAGAGAAUGAAGAUCCAAAGCCCAGCAGCCCUGACGCUGCCCAAGCUCCCGCCUGUGAGCCCCAUUCUUCACCCGGCAGGCCCCAGAAGGGAUCUCCUCUGAGUACGGAUGCUGCGGAAAAUCCCGGAGAAAGCCACGCGGCCGAGCAGGAAACGCCGCCGACAGACCGGCUCAGGGCCCCGAAGGAGGAGUCAGUCGUGCCGUCGAGCCAGUACCGAACAUCCCUGGGGCCGGGGGACGUGGUGAUGAUCCAGUCGGAGCACACGGGAGGGGUGGACGUCCUGUCGGCCGAGCUGGAGUCUGCGGACCUCCUGGGGGACCAGAGGAAAGUGCCUCCGCCGCCCCCGCCGCCUCUGGCUCCUCCGUCCAUCUGGACCUUCGCCAAAAUGAAGGAAUUCAAAAGCAGGCUGGGGCCAGAGAAGAACUCCCGGCUGGUGGUGAAGCGCGGCGAGGUGGUGACGGUGAGGGUGCCCACCCACCCCGAGGGGAAGAGGCUCUUCUGGGAGUUUGCCACGGACGACUACGACAUCGGCUUCGGGGUCUACUUCGACUGGACUCCGGUCACCAGCACCGCCAUCACCGUGCAAGUCAGCGAGUCCAGCGACGAGGAGGAAGAGGAGGAGGAGGAGGGAGAGAUCGAAGGCCUGGUCCCAGCCGGAGAUGUGGAGCGCGGCUCCAAGAGCUCCCUGCGGAACCGCUACGGGGAGAUCGUGCCGGUCUACAGGAGGGACAGCCACCGGGAGGUGCAGGCCGGCAGCCACGAUUACCCAGGCGAGGGCAUCUACCUGCUUAAAUUUGACAACUCCUACUCCCUCCUACGCAACAAGACCCUCUACUUCCACGUCUCUUACACCAGCUGAGGGACCGAGGCAGCAGCGCCCGGGGUGGGAAGGGGAGGGAUGCAGCAGGCCACAGCCGAGGCCGUGCUUGUCUUGUUUCUCACAGGCGCCCAGCUCCUGGAAUUCACCCCUCCCCAUCGUCCCGGGGCAGCUUCUCCCCCGUCCCCAACUUCUGCAGGCGAAGGCGUGGCCUCAGCCUUUCACAGCUGCACACGGGCAGUCCCCUGUCACCCCAAACUUCAGGGACCCUCUCCCCGACCCACCCCCGUCUCUGCGAGGCAUCGGGUCAGUGCCCAGAGAAAGGGAGGUAGUCUGUCCCCGGGAGGCCUUUCGGUACGAUGUUUGUCACGGGGCUGGAAAUGGCUUCCCUCUUCCCCUCUUAGAGGCCGUUCACCUGCGGAAGCGUCUGCUCCUCCUCUGGAUUUUGUCAGUGUGGGUGGUGGAAUUCCCCAGGUUUCCGUCGUGGCUCACCUGUCUCUGGCCGGGGGGGAGGAAAGCACAUUGUCCUCAAAGAAACUAAGUCUGCGCACGGGGUAGAGGGAGCGGCAAAUCUUCCCACUGGCGCGGAUCUCUGCCCUCUGAUUCAUGCCAGGUUCCCAUCCUGGGUUCAUCGGCCCAAGGGAGACUUUCCUUCAGCUCGGCUGCUUGCAGACGGGGGUUGUGAUCUCGCCACCGCGGCUGGUACCUGCCGGGAAAUCCAGCAGAUCCUGGAAAUUUCUGUGAUAAGUUACCUCCUCCUCCUCUUCUUCGCCCUUUCCUUGCCUCUCUGGGCAUAUCUGCACGCCGGAGCUCUUUCUUUGGUAGAAAUGGAAAGCGGUGGUGUGGUUAGAAAUCAGGAUUGAACUGACAUGGUAUAAUCCCAGAGAACCUUUUUUUGACAUUCAAGAGUGGCUAGAAGAUUUUCCUUUAUAAACAGCGAAGGUGCAUGAGAGAAAAUUCAGGUCACUUUGUGUCUUCCUGUGGCAAUAUGAAUGUUACAUAUAGAAUGUGUGUGGAGGCCAAAUAUGGUGAAAGCAGUGUAGGUUGUUAUUUCUGAGGAUGGGGUGGAUGUGAGGCGGGGGGUAACACGCUUUACUCACGUAUCACCCUCUCAACUUGGAGCCUUGCUGUCUUGGGGUUUUUUACGUUCACAGCUCAGAAGCGGGUGAUGGGACUCCACUGUCGCCAUGUUCGCUUCCCAGCUGAUCCGCGUCUCUCUGUGGUGACGGAUUCCCCCAUCAUCGACCUGGAAAGUUGGGAUGCCACAGGGCGUCGGGUGGCAUUGCCUACCAUGGCCGAGGCCCCUGGGUCUGGGGCGGAGGAACCACGAAGGAACCAGGUCUUCUCAUUUCUUGCGCCUGUUCUGUUACUGUGUUGGAUCAGGAGCAGGGGACCGUAUUUAUUUAUUAUUUAUUUUUGAAAAGCAUUUCAAUCCGCCUUAAACCAUUUCCAUCAGCUGGGCUGGAGGGUUGCCAUCAGUUUGGAGACACUCAGCCAGCCUCCUCAACGUCAGGGUGUGGUUUUCCCUUUUUUUCCCCCGAUGUUGAGGCUGGUUUGACGGGGAGGGGGUUUGGGGGCCCAUCAAGUUUCAUCCCUUCAGGACAAAACUGUGAAGUCCUAGGCGGCGCCUGUCUGGGAGGCUAAUUUUCCUCUAAAAGAGGGAUGAGGACAAACCAAAUACCUACUGAAAGUGCACUCCACUGCCCGCUCUAAGGAAUACAGCCAAGCCUCAUUUCCGUCAUCAGUAACAGCAUGAAUUGAGCCAAAACGGUGUGCAGAGCACUGCGCGGGUCACCCGGGGAUCAUUCACGUAGGAGUAAAAAAGAUGGGGUUCUUGUCCUUGAAGAGUUUGCAGUACCGAUGCCGGGGAAGCGUUUUCUGGUGUGAUGGAGAUUCAGAUUCAGAGUUCUCGGUUUGGAUGUAGGACGACCGAGCUUCGGACAUAUCGGCAUUGAGUUCACGUGCCUCCUCUUUGGUCCUCUCUCAGCGUGGACUUUUUUCAGUUCCUCCUGGGGAGCAGAGCUCCAGUUGGGCUGGUCUCUGGUGCUGUGCCUCAGCUUUCUCACUUCAUUUGCACCUCCCCUUCCUCAUUUGGUUUUGAAUAUCCCUUGGUCUUUCCCGCUUCUAAAACUUGCAGGAAAGACAAUCACCGGCGAUCAAUUCGUUGUCCGGGACACCGGUACUUUCCCAGCACGUGGGGCGGGUAUUUGAAAACCAUUCAGGUGGUGGCCAGCAAAGUUAACAGUCCCGCGUUUUAGCCACUUAGAGAUCGCCUUCCUUUAUUAAAGGUCUUCUGAGCUGUUUUCUGACUGACCGAAGUGUCGUUUGCUUGAUUUAUUUAUCGUCAGCCUGCUGGUGGUCACCUGUCUAACUGUGCGGUAACCUCUCUGGGGCAGUGUGUUUCUUGUAAGAGGAGCAAAUCUGUCAUUCUUUUUUUUGGGUAAAGUGACCCCCGUCUGUGUCUGAUUUCCCAGGGGCGUAUGUUCCCAUCAUCUCCAAGCGCUUAGUACAGUGCUCUGCACAUAGUAAGUGCUCAAUGAAUACGAUUGAUGAUGAUCUCUCGGGGCCAGUUCCCGCACAGUGUGCUGUUAGUUAGGUCCAGUGACCUCCUGGGUCCCACAUCGGGGGGGUGUAAGCAUGCAGGCUCCUCUUUCUCCACAAACAAAAAAUAACCUGAAGAUUAGACGUUGUUUUACGUUCUACACCACAGACCAUUAGGAAUUUCGUAUUGAGAGGUGCUUUCUGAGGGACCUAUGGUGGACAGGCUUCAGGUGAGAAGUUAUUUUCGCAGGAUUAGCUUUUGCCCGCUGUUGUGAGAGGUUCCCUCAGACCAGCCUUCGGAAGGAGGUCUGUCACACAGCCGAGGUCACCUUUCACUUUUAGGGCUCGGCGACCACCGCCUUCUCUUAGCUCACGUGAAUGAAAAGAAGAGCCACAGCGGACCCCACCCCUGACCGUAACCCUGGCCUUUGUCCACCGCAUAGUUUUUAUUUAUCUUGUGGGUACUAAGCUCUCUUCAGUACCACCUUCCCAAAUCUCAAAUCAAGCCCUCCUGGCUUCCGAUUCUAAUUCCUGCUUUAUUUUUAUCCCUCCUUAGAACCUGCUGUAAGGGAAAUGAAAGAGCAACUGCUCUGAAACGGAUGUAUGCUCAUCCACGGGUGGCCAGGUUGGCAGACCAUCUUCAAGGGCCGAGGAGAAAGAAGACCCAAGCGGGUAGGGCUAGUCGAUAGUCGUAACUUGCCCAUCCGUCACCGAAGUUCCCCCAUACUUUGACUGCUACUGUGAACAACCGGGUAGAAAGGACGGAGGGCAGAGCCGGUUUGGGAGGAGGAGGAGGAGUGAAAUGGAAAUGGUGGGAGUGGCAUUAGGCCGCGCGUUGCGAAAAAGAUAUUCCUGAUGCUGUUCUCCAAUUCUGUAAGAACCGCAAACAGCAUAAGUGCCAGGUUAGAUCAGGAAGAUCUUCGAGGCCAAAAUCCAAUCCUCAGAAGAAACAUAGCUUGAAAAUAGAAGGCAGAGACUUGAAAUAGCAGUGAUAUCCACAUUUAUUUUUCUUGAUUGCUUAAGGCACUU